ACCACCACCUCCCAGGGCAGAAGGGCGAGUGGGGGCAGACCCUAUGAGUCACGUCCUGGGCCUGGAGUUGAGGAGGGAAGCGCCGCCUCUCCUAGGGCCCCUUCUCUCCCCCUUUCCCCUCCCGCUGGUUCCUGGCGCAGCCAGAUGCUGCGCAGCGAUCACCGAUUCCCCAUCACCAAUUCGACUGGCGUCCCCGAGGCCACGGGCUCCCGUAGGCUCCCCGUGGCCCCGAGUUAUAGUCGGGACCCCUCGGUCGCGGGUGAUUGUUGGGUCUCCACGGGCCCGGGUCGCUGGGACGGAUCAGGCCUCCGCGCCUUCUCAGGGCGCCCCGCAAGGCCGCAGGCAAGAUGAACAUUCUGGCGCCGGUGCGGAGGGACCGCGUCCUGACGGAGCUGCCCCAGUACCUGAGGAAGGAGGCCGCUUUGCACGUGCACAAAGACUUCCACCCCCGCGUCACCUGCGCCUGCCAGGAGCACCGGACAGGCACCGUGGGCAGAUUUAAGAUCUCCAAGGUCAUUGUGGUGGGGGACCUGUCAGUGGGGAAGACUUGUCUCAUUAAUAGGUUCUGCAAAGACACCUUUGAUAAGAACUACAAGGCCACCAUCGGAGUGGACUUUGAGAUGGAACGAUUUGAGGUGUUGGGCGUCCCCUUCAGUCUGCAGCUCUGGGACACCGCUGGACAGGAGAGGUUCAAAUGCAUUGCAUCGACCUACUACCGAGGAGCUCAAGCCAUCAUCAUCGUUUUCAACCUGAAUGAUGUGGCCUCCCUGGAACAUACCAAGCAGUGGCUAGCUGAUGCACUCAAGGAGAAUGACCCUUCCAGUGUGCUUCUCUUCCUCGUGGGUUCCAAGAAGGACCUGAGUACUCCUGCUCAGUAUAUGCUAAUGGAGAAAGAUGCACUCAAGGUGGCCCAAGAGAUGAAGGCCGAGUACUGGGCAGUCUCAUCUCUCACUGGCCUGAAACUGCUCCCUGUGUCAGGUGAAAAUGUCCGGGAAUUCUUCUUUCGUGUGACGGCACUGACCUUUGAGGCCAACGUGCUGGCUGAGCUGGAGAAAUCGGGGUCCCGGCGUAUUGGGGAUGUUAUCCGCAUCAACAGUGAUGACAGCAACCUCUACCUAACUGCCAGCAAGAAGAAGCCCAUGUGUUGCCCGUGACGGGUGAGGGUACUGUCCAGAGACUGCCCAGCCCUGGGGCAGUGUGCCACCUUUACUCCCCCAGAGCUCAACCCCUGGACAUUUGCACUGACUGUUUUUCCAGACCAAAGAGCUGCCCUUGGUGGCAGUAUCCCCAGAGGUGUAGCUGGGACCAUGCUAGUCACUUCCUGCUC